UUUAUUAACUAUUUGAGAAAAGACGUGUCACUGCGUCUCUUACACAAAUUUAAACAUAAAAAUCAUUAAAAAUAUUAAAUAUUUAAAUUAAAUCUAAUUAUCUAUUCAUAAAAUGUACAACCGCUCUGGAGAUCGUUCAAAUGGAGGAGGUCGCGGAGGUUUCCGCGAUAAUCGUGGAGGUGGAGGCCCAAUGAGGGGAAGUGGACCACCCCACCAUAGAGGAACACCUUACAAUAGGGGCCCACCAACUGAUCGUCGCAAUGAAUCGAAGCCGGGUGAUCGUUUGCGCCGCAUCCACUGGUCUGAUGUAACAUUAACUCCAUUUGAAAAGAAUUUCUACAAGCCAUGUGAUUCGGUUAUGAAUCGUCCACAAGGCGAUGUUGAUUUGUUCCUUAGUAACAAUGAAAUCACCCUAAAGGGAAAAAGCAUCCCAACACCAAGUUUUGAAUUCCAAGAGGGUGGAUUCCCCGAGUACGUGCUUUCUGAGAUAAAAAAGCAGGGCUUUAAUAAGCCAACUGCUAUCCAGGCUCAAGGUUGGCCAAUCGCUCUUAGUGGUCGAGACAUGGUGGGUAUAGCUCAAACCGGAUCGGGUAAAACUCUAGCCUAUGUACUCCCGGCUGUUGUCCAUAUAAACAACCAGCCGAGAUUGCAGCAUGGCGAAGGUCCGAUAGCUUUGAUACUUGCACCCACUCGUGAGCUAGCCCAACAAAUUCAGCAAGUGGCAAACGAUUUCGGCUCCCAAACCCGCGUACGUAAUACGUGUAUUUUUGGUGGCGCUCCUAAGCAUUCGCAGGCACGAGAUCUUGAGCGGGGAGUCGAAAUCGUUAUCGCUACUCCUGGAAGAUUGAUCGAUUUUCUUGAGCGGGGCGUGACCAACCUUCAACGUUGCACGUACUUGGUGUUGGACGAGGCCGAUCGCAUGCUUGACAUGGGAUUCGAGCCCCAAAUUCGUAAAAUAAUGGAACAAAUUAGACCAGAUCGGCAAGUACUUAUGUGGUCUGCAACAUGGCCAAAAGAAGUCAAAAUGUUGGCCGAAGAAUUUCUCGACAAUUAUAUCCAAAUCAAUAUUGGUUCGCUUACUCUAUCGGCCAAUCAUAAUAUUUUGCAAAUUGUCGAUGUUUGUGAGGAACAAGAAAAAGAUACAAAACUCAUUAAAUUGCUAACUGAAAUAUCGUCUGAGAAUGAAACUAAGACUAUAAUUUUUGUUGAAACAAAGAAACGUGUUGACGAAAUCACACGAACAAUUUCACGCCAAGGCUGGCGCGCAUGUGCCAUUCAUGGUGACAAGUCUCAACAAGAACGUGAUUAUGUUCUAGCUUCAUUCCGUAAUGGCAGACAGUCUAUUUUAGUUGCAACGGAUGUUGCAGCUCGUGGACUAGAUGUCGAAGAUGUCAAGUUUGUAAUCAAUUAUGAUUACCCUUCGAACUCGGAGGAUUACGUCCAUCGUAUUGGGCGUACAGGUCGAUCCAAUAACACGGGAACGGCAUACACCUUGUUCACCAACUCAAAUUCAAACAAGGCCAAUGAUUUGAUACAAGUUCUUCGUGAAGCAAAUCAGGUCAUAAAUCCUCGUUUGAUGGAAAUGGCACAGUAUGGCUCUGGGUCCAACAAACGUGGUCGUGGAGGUUAUCAAGGUCGCAACCAAUCACAUUCAGGCGGUAUGUCUUAUGGUGGCGGACGUGGAGGUCGUGACGGAGGCCGUGGAGCCUACAUGAAUGGCGGGGGACAUCAGCAAAGAAGUGACGAUCGCAGUGGUGGUGGUUAUCGUGGAGGAUAUCCAAGCCAACAACAUGUUCAACGCGAUUAUAACAAACCACCAUCACAUGAGCCACCAAUGGAAUCGCGUAGCGGUAUGUCUAGCAGUGGUGUGCACAGGUCUAAUGGUCAUGUUUCACGUUUUUCAACAGCACCUCCGGCAGCUUCAGAAGGUGGAAAUAGUGGAUCGAGAUUCAGUGUACGGCCUCCAAUUUUGCCACAGCCAUCAGGUGGUGCACCACCAUCCCAUUAUCCACCACCAAGCUCAAAUUAUAAUAUUCCACCAGCUCAAAAUUAUUCGCGUCCAGCUCCCCAACAAGCCCCUGCACAACAUCAAUAUGCCGUUCCCUCACACUAUGCAUCGGGCGGACCCCCUGGAAUGUUUGCAUACCCUCCACCUCCAUUACCAGUUCAAAAUUAAGAUUGUUUAGUUUUUAAAUGUCAUUAAAUAUUUUUUUUUUUCGUUUUUAAUUUAAAAAAAAUUACGUUAUAACGAUAAACGUAUAAAAAGAAGAAUUCAUCAAAGCAUAAGUUAGUAACAAAACAAAAAAAACCUUGAUGUGAUCAUUUAUUAAAAAAAAAAAAAAGAAACAAAAAAAAAACUAUUUUCAAAAAGGGAAGGUACAAGUUUAUGUAGAAGUUUAGUAGAUUAAAAAAAAGACACUCAUAUAAAAUCAAUCGUCGUUUAUUCUUUAGUUCUCUCAUUUAUAUUUUAACAAUACACUCAAUUAACAAACAAACUCCAUCUAACGUAAAGAAGUAAAUUAUAACUUAUGUAGUAUUGUUUCUCAUACACGUAUGUAAGAUUUCCUAGAAAUAAAAUACAAAGAAACUAAUUUA